AUGCCUGCCAUAUGCUGCAGCCGCCUUCGAAACAUUCAGAGAAUCCUGACACAGAGCAGCAAAUCUCAGCCUGAUGGAAUCCUUUGCAUUCUAGGAAUAGACAGUCGGUACAAUGAAGGGUGCAGGGAACUGGCAAACUACCUGCUCUUUGGCUUGUAUAACCAGAGCAACCACGACUUGGAAAGAACUGGCUUCCCUGAAGAAGUUCUUGAUGAUAUAAUCAUUUUAAUAAAACCUGACAGUGUCCACCUGUACUGCAACCCUGUGAAUUACAAUCACCUUCUGCCAUACGUGGCGUUCUGGAGGAACUUGCAUUUUCACUGUCUGACUGAAAAUGAGUAUGAAGAUGAGGAAGUUGCAGAGGAGUUCAAGAUUUCCAGCUUCGUAGACAUGGUGCGAGACUGCAGCCGCAUCGGCAUUCCCUACAGCUGCCAAGGUCACCUCCAGAUAUUUGAUAUGUUCAUUGUUGAGAAGUGGCCAAUAGUGCAGGCUUUUGCCCUGGAGGGAAUUGGGGGUGAUGGCUUCUUCACUAUGAAAUAUGAAUUAAUGGAUGUCAGUGUGGAUUUGUGGAAGACAUACAGCAAAAUGGAUCCUGUUUCCCUGGAGGACUUGCUCUUUGAGAAUUUAAGGAUUUUUGAACACCAGUGGACCAACUUCUUUGCUAAUUUCGAUACUGAAAUUCCCUUCAUUCUGGAGCUCUCAGAAUCUCAGGCGGGGGAGCCUUUCAGGAGUUACUUCAGUCACGGGAUGAUCUCAAGCCAUAUCACGGAUAACAGCCCUAGCCGGCAGCCCUUUGUUCUGUUUGGGAGCCACUCAACUAAGGAGAACUUGAACUCUGGGAACUUCAACUUUCCAUCAGAAGGGCAUCUUGUUCGAAACACUGGCCUUGGUGGGAGCAUUGCUAAGCAUAUGGUUGUGCAGUGCGUGUCUCCAAAGGGACCUCUGGCUUGUUCAAGGACCUAUUUUUUUGGAACCACUCACAUUCCUUUCCUGGGAAAUGACAGCGAGAUGCACAAGCAAGCUGAACCAGUUACGCUGUUGUCGCAAAUAUAUACUGCUGUUGUAGAGGCUGUGCUUGCUGGCAUUGAGUGCUAUGCUAAAACUUCCACUGAAUCCAAGGCAAAGGAGGUGGCAGAAGAGACACUCCUGUCUGUGUUGGAUACCCUUUGUUUAACACAGGUGAAAGCUGCAUUACGCUCCAAAAUGGCUUUUCAAAUUCAGGCUGUGAAUAACCAUGGAAGAAUUACUCCCUUAGAUAAUGAAGACAGCCUGAGUUUGAUUAAAACAGCAUCUAUGAUGGUAUUUGACAUUCCAGACUUGCUCACAGGAAGAGGAUGCCUGGGAUCUGUUGUCUUUUCAGAGUCAUUUCUAACAUCCCAGAUACAAGUAAAAGAAAAAGAUGGCAGCAUCAGUUCAGAGACCAGCCACAUCAUCCUGACUGCAGCUAUCCCAAGAUAUGCUUCUUGGCUGGUUGAAGAUAGUGAUGUGAAACUGUCUGAGAAAGCACAACAUGCAUUGAAGGAAGACAAAUCUUUUCUGGGCACUUUGCUCACUGGAGGUGAUGGAGCAUAUAUUUGUUCCAGCAAUCCCCAGGCCAUGCCUGCAGAAGGCAAAUUGUACUUCUUCUCAGAGGGCAUUCUCUUUUGUGAUCCCCACCGUGGCAGCAUUUCCAUGUCAAAGAACCACAUGAGCUCCAUUUCUCUCUAUGAUGGGGAUUCAACCAGUGUUGUUGCUGCUCUCUUCAUAGACUUCAAAAGUUCCUUGCUUGCUCACCUCCCAAUUGAGUUCCAUACCCGAGACAACUUUUUGAUGAUUGCACUUUUCCCCAAAACAAAGAUUUAUAAAGCUUUUUAUUCACAGGUUUAUUCUUCAUGGCAAAACCAGAUCAACUCAGGAGUGUCUUUAAGGGAUGUCAAGGAAGAAUUCCUGUCUGUGGAACAAAAGAGACUGCAUUCCAGUGUUCAGAAGAUAUUUACUGCCUCGUCUUUUCCUUCUGGGGAAAGAUACAGGGAGCUGAAAAUAUCUGCUGCCCUUCCAGAAUUAGAGAGGUUUGUGCAGCAUUUUACAGUCAGCAGCGUCAGUCACGAGCCAAUAAUGAGAGCACAUCUUCCUAUUUUGCUGCAACAGUCAGACAUCAUUUCUGAGAGCAAGGCAGAAAGUGAGAAGGUGGUUGUCACCAUCAUAACUGGGCUGCCAGGAUGCCGCUGCAGCGACCUCUGCGCUUUUCUCGUCACUUUUAACAAGGAGCACGGAAGGUGGAUAGUUUACAGGCAAACCAUGGACAGUCCUGAAUGUUUCAGUGCAACUCACUUCCAGCGCUACCUCUCCAGUGUCCUGGAGGCUCAGCAAAGCCACAGCCUCCGUCCGUCCGCAUAUGCUAAGAAGAAAAAGCGUCUCUUGGUGGUCUUGCAAGGAUACACUGAUGUGAUUGAUGUUGUACAGGCUCUGCAGACUCAUCCUGACCCAGAUGUGAGGUCUUCUUUCAUCAUUGGAGCAGUUAAUACUUGUGUAGAGCCACUGAGCUGCUAUAUGGAACACAGGCUGCUUUUUCCCAAGUUCUUGGACCAGUGUUCACAAGGUCUGGUGAGCAACGUGGUGUUCACAAGCCAUGCCACGGAGCAGAGACAUCCACUGCUGAUGCAACUGCAGAGCCUCAUCCGAGCAGCAAACCCUUCUGUCUCCUUCAUCUUGGCAGAGAAUGGAGUUGUGACCAGGAAUGAGGAUAUCGAAUUAAUUCUUUCAGAAAGCAGCUUUUCAAGCCCUCAGAUGAUGAGAGCUCGCUAUUUACUGUACCCUGGCUGGUAUGAAGGCAAAUACGGAGCUGGCUCUGUCUUCCCUCCCAUGGUUCAGAUCUGUGUCUGGUUUAACCGUCCGCUAGAAAAAGCACGAUUUGUGACCAAGUGUAAAGCAAUUAAGUCACUGCUCAAGCCGAGUCCUUUUUCUGGAAACAUCUAUCACAUCAUGGGCAAAGUGAAGUUUUCAGAUUCUGAUAAAGUGAUUGAAGUCUGUCACAACACAUCAUCUAAUUCCCUAAGCCUUGUGCCUGUUCAGGAGGGGCCAACUCCCCCUGAUUCAAGAAGUGAUAACAGAGAUUGCAGCAACCAGCAGGAGUGUUUCCUUGUGUUCAUUGGCUGCUCUCUUAAAGAAGAGGAUAUCAAAGACUGGCUCAGAGAAACUGCAAAACAGAAACCUCAGAGGAAAGCCCUGAAGACCAGAGGAAUGCUAACCCUUCAGGAAAUAAAAAACAUUCAUGUGAAACGCCACUUGGAUCCCCUUCCAGCUGGUUAUUUCUACAAUGGGACUCAGUUUGUCAAUUUUUUUGGUGACAAAAUGGAUUACCAUCCAUUAAUGGACCAAUUCAUGAAUGAUUACUUGGAGGAAGCCAACAGGGAGAUAGAGAAGUACAACAGAGAGCUGGAAGAACAGGAGUAUCAUGAUCUCUUUGAGCAGAAGACAUAA